AUGCUGCCCAUAUAUAAGAUCGUAGUUCUCGGAGACGGAGGAGUUGGCAAGACGGCACUGACUAUCCAAUUACUUCUAAACCAUUUUGUGGAGACAUAUGACCCAACUAUAGAAGACUCUUACCGCAAACAAGUUACAAUUGACGAUCAGUUAAGCCUUCUUGAAGUUCUGGACACGGCCGGACAAGACGAAUACACUGCUCUUAGGCACCAUUGGAUUCGAGACGGAGAGGGAUUUCUAUUGGUGUAUGCAAUCACAGACAAAUCUACGUUUCAACGCAUCGUACGAUUUAAAGAAGAAAUAUUCCGAGUGAAAGAAAAGGAAAAUAUGCCAUUGAUACUUGUGGGAAAUAAGUGUGAUAGGGAGACGGAGCGACAAGUGUCAUGGGAAGAAGGGGCACAAAUGGCAAGGGAUAUGCAUUGCGGAUUUAUGGAGACAUCGGCAAAGCUGUGUAUAAAUGUAGAAAACUCGUUUUGUUCAGUCGCAAGAAUGAUUAGAGAAGACAGGAAAAAAACAAUCAAGAAAGUAAAAGUAAAGCGUAAAAGGUGUCUUAUACUAUGA